GGAAAUGAUAUAUAUGAGGUGAUUAGUGUUGUUAUGUUAGCAGAUUAGCGUUAAAUGAGAUCUGCUGCUUCUACGGGAAUUUUGGCUAGACCAUAUGGAAAGAAUUGAAGAAAUUCGAACUGAAAGAGCAGAAAGUCUUGAUGAACCUUCACCAAAUGAUGCACUUGGCAUAGUAUUCGGUCCCGAGCACCCCGGCUGUGUUCGAGGUUUAGGCUUGGGUGUAGUUCCAAUAGUAGCAUUCAAACAGACAUUUGUGAGAUACCGUCGUGGUUAUGUGGGUUCAUCUAGCACUACCGCUCCAACUCCGGCGCGGAAGCAAGAGAUGACAGAUGUGAAAUCAAAAUUAAAUGCACUAAUUAGCUUAUAUGAAAGGAACAUAGGGAAUAUCCCCGAGGAGUUUGCUCACUUAUUUUUCACUCCUCCACAGGCACCAGAUUUAGGAAGUGAUGCACCAUCAACAGUUGAACCAAGAAGAUCUUUAGAUGAAAGUAACAAUGAUGAUCGUCCAAGUGUGAGUUAGUGAUUAUUUUAUAGGAUCAACUAUGGAUCUUUUGGAUAUUACUGUGGAAAUACAAUUUGAAGUAUUAAUAUUUGGAUGAUGUAAUUUUGGUAUACUUGUGCAAGUGUGAAUUUGUGAUUAUUUUGUUGGAUCAACUAUGAAUCUUUUGGAUAUUACUGUUGAAAUACACUUUGAAGCAUUAAUAUUUGGAUGAUGUAAUUUUGAUA